UGCGGCAGAGGCGAACACAGUCGGGGCACCAUCGCUAGCCGACAGCUAGUGCGGUUGACGUUUAUUUUUUUUUAGUCCCCGUUUCUCACCAAAAGCCACCAUUGGAUGUUUCUCUUCUUUUUAUUUUUAUUAUUUUAAACCGCGAUGUCAAAGUAACGUUAUAGAUUUUUAUCAUACGUGUCAAGGAGCAGCUACACGGGAACAGGGUCACGCCAAAUAUAUUUAAGAAAGAAGCGAACGUCUGCUAGCUAAUGCCCGGAGAGCUAGCGGGCUAGCUUUCAAGUGUGCAAACGCCAAGACGUAUUUUUACUAAAUCGAUUUUACUAACUCCAACGCUACAAUGGCCGAUGUUGACAAACUCAACAUUGACAGCAUCAUCCAACGUCUUUUAGAAGUCAGGGGCGCAAAGCCUGGCAAGAAUGUGCAGCUCCAGGAGAAUGAGAUUCGUGGAUUAUGCCUGAAGUCCAGGGAGAUUUUCCUCAGUCAGCCCAUUCUCCUGGAGCUGGAGGCACCUCUCAAGAUUUGUGGUGAUAUCCACGGGCAAUACUACGACCUGCUGAGGCUGUUUGAGUACGGCGGUUUCCCUCCAGAAAGCAACUAUCUGUUUCUGGGUGAUUAUGUGGACCGGGGGAAGCAGUCUCUGGAAACCAUCUGCCUUCUGCUGGCAUACAAAAUCAAAUACCCAGAGAAUUUCUUCCUCCUGAGGGGAAACCAUGAGUGUGCUUCAAUCAACAGAAUAUAUGGUUUCUAUGACGAGUGUAAAAGAAGGUACAACAUCAAACUCUGGAAGACCUUCACAGAUUGUUUUAACUGCCUCCCUAUUGCCGCCAUCGUUGAUGAGAAGAUCUUUUGUUGCCAUGGAGGACUGUCCCCUGACCUUCAGUCCAUGGAGCAGAUCAGGCGCAUCAUGCGCCCCACUGAUGUGCCCGACCAGGGUCUGCUGUGUGACUUGCUGUGGUCUGACCCAGAUAAGGAUGUUUUGGGCUGGGGGGAGAACGACAGGGGGGUGUCGUUCACCUUUGGCUCCGAGGUGGUGGCCAAGUUCCUGCACAAGCAUGACCUGGAUCUGAUCUGCCGUGCCCACCAGGUUGUUGAGGAUGGCUAUGAAUUCUUCGCAAAGAGACAGCUUGUCACUCUGUUCUCAGCGCCUAACUAUUGUGGAGAGUUUGACAAUGCUGGGGCCAUGAUGAGUGUGGACGAGACCCUCAUGUGCUCUUUCCAGAUUUUGAAACCAGCUGAGAAGAAGAAGCCCAAUGGCAGCCGUCCUGUGACUCCCCCCCGCAAUAUGGUCACCAAGCAAGCCAAGAAAUGAGCGGGGGGACAAAUGGCUGGACUCACGCUCCUCUUCUGCUUUUAACUUCUGCAUAGGAAUGGUUGUUCAACCUUUUUGCUGCCAAUAUUAAAAAGAUGAUCACUUCUACCUGAUGAAAGCAAAAUGUUUUGUUUCGUCCACAGGGGUAAAUUAAUGUCACCAUGAAAACCUCAGGUGUUUUGCACUCCAUUUUGCAGCUAGUCUUUUGCCACAUAUGACUGUUCAAUCAGGAGAAAUGUAACAAUAUGGCUACUAAUGCACAGGAAUGCCUUGUUUGAAGCUGUGCACAAUUUUAUCCAGUUUCUUUAUUGUUUUAUUAAAUUGUGAUUAGUAUUAAUAGCUAUAAAAACUAAUGGGGAUCAGUCACAAACACCUGUUCACUUAUGUAAAACUAUAUUUACGGUUAUUUACAGUCGGUAUCAUGGGGUAUUGACUUAAACUGCAUCAUCACGUUUUUGAACAAGUCUCGUGCUAAAAUGAAUAAGGAAGGAAGCACUCUUGUAACGUCUAAAUCUUUCUAAUAAACUUUGAGUGUAUUUUAAGGGGGGAA